AUGAAUGAAGAUUUGCAGCCACUCUAUAAUGAAUUCAUUCAAAAUGUUCAAGGAUAUAUAGAAGGUAAUCAAGAAACUAUUGAAGCAUGCAAACAAUGGCUUGAAGGCUUCUUCACAAAUCAAAGAAUUGGAUUUUUAUUAUGUUCAUCCUAUGGCUUAGACAGUGUUAAUGAAGAUAGUUAUGAACACAUACUGCUACUUCUUGCAUUUAUUAAACAAUUUUUAAAUCAUGACAUUGAAAAUCCAGAAGAAAAAGUCGAAAAAGAGUGGCUGAGCUUCGAAUACAAAGAUUUAACCAAAAAUGCAAUUGUCAAGAAUAGAAAUUCCGAUAACGAAGGCGUUCGUAACAUGGCAGCUAAAUGUUUAUCAAUGAUUUGCGAAUAUGACCCAGAAAUAUACAAUGAAUGCGUUUCAGAACUAUUUACAGAGCUACAGAAUCAAGAGCAACCACCUACAGACUUCUCUCUUAAGUUUUUUAAAGAGUUAUUCGAUGCAGAUUUCUUUUCUAAACAUAAAGUCGAUAAUAUGCUCAAUUUAAUACUCCAACUUAUCAACGAAUGUUUCAGAAUAUAUACAUGGGAUGCAGCAAGCAACGAUAUUAAACUUUUAUCACUGAAAUUAUUAAAUCCUUUAAUUUCUCAUUCCCAGAACGAAAUUAAUGCAGAGAACAUUACGCAAAUCAUCUCAUAUACAUGCAUGACUAUUCAAGAGCUACAGCAAACGAACCAAAUCGAAAAUCCUUUAUAUAAUUCUUCAUUUUAUUUCCUCAAAACUAUCUACAAAGUGUAUUAUAACAUCAUGAAGCAAGUGUUCCGCGAGAUGGCGCAUACGAUUUUCGAUCCAAUCAACUGCCAGAUACCAAUUGAACAACAUUCUCCAGAAACUCAUAAUAAUACGUUCGCCAACCUUAUGUUUUUAAUACAGAUCGCAAGAUUCGAGCAUUUACUGUACAAAGAAGACAAAAGCAAGGUUAAUUUCAUAUUAUUAGAUUAUAAUCUUCAACAAAUCACGGAAUGUCUUAUACAUUUGCUCAUGCCGGCCAAUCCAAACGACCAAACAAUAGAAGACCCCGAGAAUUCCGAGCCUUCCUUCCUUGCAAGUUCAGCUUUAUGCCAACUUUGCAAAAUUCCAGAAUAUUUCAAAAUCAUGUCCCCGAUUCUUUUCGGUUAUGUAAACCAGAAUAUUACAAAUAACACCGAUACGACCUUUAUCGUCCAAAAUACUGUUCUUCUUUGUCUUCUUUCAGUCACAUCUGGUCCCAGAAUUGAGGGAGACGAAAUCUACCAAUACGGAAGUUCUAUACUUAUAGAGAGGUACUUGAACUCUGAGAAUCGAAGACUUGUUGAAACAUCUUUAUAUGUCAUAUACAAAAUCAUCAAAAAAUAUGGAGUGCAAUCGCCAGAAGACCUUUACUUCAUAAUGAACAACGCAAUAUUACCACAGAGAGAAGCAGAACCUCAAGUGAGACUGAGAUGUUCGAAUAUAAUUACGAUUUUAUGCGAAAAUGUACCUGAAAGCGCCUUAGAAUCGAUGUUUGAUAUUACCAUACAGACAAUCCGAUGCCUAACUGAUGGAACAACACCAGAUCAAGAAUCAACUACUUUGGUCGCUCCAUUUGACUCAUUUUACCGGUUGAUUAAGAGACUUCCUGAGACAGAAGAAGUAAGAGUUAAGCUUUUAGACCUCAUUCUUCACGUAGAUGACUAUUUCCCUCAAACUCAUCUGAAUAUGAGAAUUGGCCGCAUGAUCGUGAUAUCUACUAUUGCUAACAAGCUCAAGAAAGAAAUGUCCCAGUACACACAACCCGUUUUUGACAAAGUUUUGACAGAAUUAAUUUCAUUACACGAUUUUGAGUUCUGGAAAGAGGGUUUAGUAGCACUUCUUAAGAUCCUUGAUACAGGUUCAGUGUCAUCUGAAGAAAAUUCCCAGAAAAUCAACAAUUUAAUGGAGAUGGCCCUUCAAUCUUACAACGAAACCAUCAUUUACGAGGGUGUUCGUGUUAUUGGUAAGUUCUAUGGCACAUCUGUACCUUGUUUUGUUGAUGAAUCCCCAGAAAUUAUUGAUAAUUUGUUUAAUUUGGCGACAAACAUGGAAAGUAGCACUAUUUUCAAAGGAAUCAUGUUUGCUUUGCAUGAUAUAACAUAUGCAUUCAGCGAACCUAAUGAUGAUACAAUAAAUUCCACGAUUAAACUGUUAUCUUUCGCAUUAAGUCGAAAAUUCACUCCAGACAUCGAAUCUGCUGUUGCUCCGAUGCUCACGGCAUUUUCUUCAUUGUUCCUUUCGAAGCCUGACAUGUCUAAAGUGAUUUCCGACUUUCAUAAGGAAAUUAUUAAGUACAUUGAGUUCAUUUCUAAGAACAGGAUGAUGACUGAUACUAUAUUCAUUGCUGCUUGCAACCUUAUAAAGGUUAUUGGAACAAAUUGUAAAAGAUCUAAACUUGCUCUCAACAGAUCCAUUAUUUUGAACAUGUUGAAUGAGAGAAAGACAAAUUUAGAUCCAAAAAUAAGUUUUUAUGCAACAAAAACUUAUGAUUUCGUGACAAUGUUGUAA